UUCAUUUUGUCUGCUCUUUUAUACUAACUCAUGUCACUAUUUAAAAAAGCAAAUUCUAUACCAGUGAAGCCCCCAGUCAGAGAUUGAGUUAAGUAUCAUAUUGUACAUGCGAGAAUUCUGUUAUAUUUGUGAAGUUACAAACAGCAAUCAACAGAAAUGUCAACAUCUGUGUAUUAUGCCUGUGGAAUUCAUAAACAUUUAAAAUUGGCCAAAUCUGAGCCCUUAUUUCAAAUCAAGAGAUGUCAUGUCAUGACUAUGCACUCCUGCUAUUCCUAGGGGGAUUCAACUGACCAUUCAUAUCAGUGGAAAGCUCAAUUUUUUUUAUGCAGGUUGCUGCUGAUAGACCAGACCAGCUUGCUAAAAAUUCCCUAUGUAUUAUACUGUGGAAUGCUAUUUACACAGGAAACAAUUUACCAGCUACUAGUGUUACUGUUCUUUGUUGCUGUUGGCAGACUUGGAGGAGAAAUAGGGGAGGAAACGUUGAACCCACUUUUAAAUAAUGUAUCUGAAUUCUUGUUAUGGUGGGCAACGUGUGUGAAGGCUAAACGUGAAUAAAUUUUUUUUACUGGUUAGAGUUCAACAGAUUUCUCCUUCUAAAAUUGAAUUUUUAGCAGAUGACACCUUUCCUAGCAUGAUUUUUUAUUCUGUCUCUACAUCUCAAUUUUGUGACAGAGGUCAGGGUUUAGAGGGGAAAUGUCUCUGUGGAAGAUUGGAGAGGCAGAAGAAAUGUCUGAAUUUUGUUUCAUUUCUUCUCAGUAUCCAGAUGGAAGAAGGUUAGAAGGUUUGUCAAAGCAGCUAGACUGGGAUGUUCGAAAGAUCCAGCGCUGGUUUCGUCAUCGUAGGAACCAGGACAAACCCACCAUCCUCACUAAGUUUUGUGAGAGCAUGUGGAGGUUUACAUUUUAUUUAAGUAUAUUUUCUUAUGGACUCAAAUUUAUCUGGUCGUCACCGUGGUUUUGGGACACGCGACAAUGCUGGUACAACUACCCUUUUCAACCCCUAACAUCCAGUCUUUACUAUUAUUAUAUCAUGGAGCUGGCCUUCUAUUGGUCUCUCAUGUUUUCUCAGUUUACAGACAUUAAACGAAAGGAUUUCCUGAUCAUGUUUGUCCAUCACUUGGCUACAAUUGGACUCAUUACAUUUUCCUAUAUGAAUAACAUGGUGAGGGUGGGAACUCUGGUGCUAUGUCUACAUGAUGCCUCAGACUUCUUCUUAGAGGCUGCAAAGCUGGCCAAUUAUGCAAAGUACCAGCGCCUGUGUGAUGCCACCUUCAUGCUCUUUGGUGUUGUGUUCAUAGUCACUCGACUGGGUAUUUACCCUUUCUGGAUCUUGAAUACGACCUUGUUUGAGAGCUGGGAGCUAAUUGGCCCUUAUCCUUCAUGGUGGUUGUUCAAUGGAUUGUUGGUAACCCUGCAGGUUCUGCACAUCAUCUGGUCCUGUCUCAUCAUUCGCAUUGCCUACAAGGCCCUGAUGCGAGGAAAGGUAUCAAAAGAUGAUCGCAGUGAUGUAGAGAGCAGCUCUGAAGAGGAGGACGUGACUUCAAAUAGUACAAAAGGUAUCUUCAGCACUUCAAGCAAUGGUGCCAAUCGGAUUAAUGGUCACGUGGCUAGUGCCCAAUGGGCAGAAGAGGAGUAAGGCCAGAGGAGGUCUCCAGCAAGCAUGGACUUGUCUCUAAAUAUCUAGAUGUGUUGCACUCCACAUUCCUAGGUGAUCUUUAAUCAAGAUACCCCUUCCCUCAAAAAAACAUCCAUCAAAUUGGAGAUGGGCACAAUCCAGACCAGUCUAAGGUUUCACACCACAGAAGGGACCGAGCCAAUUACUAGUGCAAAAACAAAGAUGCAGAUUUCACUUUUUAAAGAAAAUAAGCCAUUUUGUAUUUGUCUCCUAGUCCCAUCUCUAAUAUUAUUUGCCGAAGUAUUGUGUGUAUGUGAGACAAACUGGUUUUUACUAAGAUCAACUCAAGCUUGAUGGGAUGGACAUUGACUGUGGACUGGCUACAGUACCAUUCCAAAAAUGUUUCUUGACCCAGUGCAAGUUCAGUAUGUUUUCCUGAUGCACUCCAGGAUCCAUUUAGAUUGUGCGGUCUAGUAUAACUCAGACACAUCAUGCUGUAAGCUGCCCAGGCUGUAGCACAGAAGUUUUUUUUAAAUCAUUUCUAAAUUAUCAGUCCUGCUGUGACUGUGUUACAGCCAUGCAUUGAAUCAGAUUGUGAUGGACAAAGCAUGUUUUAACUUGCCAUUUGGAUGGUAUGUGCUAAAGAAAUGAUAGUUUAUAAUCUGUGCUGUUAAGAUGGACCAAGUGGUAUUUGCUGCCUAUUGUGGUGCUGAAAUGCCCAUCCAAAGUCUUAAAUGUUGCACUCCUGACUAAUUCAGAAAACUAUCACAGCACAUGCAUAUCUGCAACUCAUGUGAACUUAGUCUUUUACAGGAGUUAUGGUAUGUGGUUGGUUAGAUUUAUAAGACAGGACAUUAGCCAAAGAUGGAGCAAUGCUGGUGGGUUAUAUUAACUUUCCACACAGGCAGAGGUUGCAGCCCUGCCUGUGUGUUUAAGACAGAAGUGAGCACUGCUGCAGCUGCCGUUUCAGCCCACUGACUUUGAUAAUCAGGACAGCAGAGGCUUCACUUCUUUCUUUACUCAAUGGUACAUCAGGGGCAAUGGAAGACACUUGAGUGUGUCAUAAUCAUGUGCAGGACUUCAGAAAUUUCUUGAGUUAUUUUAUACAAUUGUUUACUCUUAUCUCUGAUUAAAAAAAGCUUCAGAAAGUUG